AUGUCAGACUCACAGAAGCGCAUUGGGCUAAUCGGCCUUUCCGCGAAAGGUUCUUGGGCAACCCGCUCCCACCUGCCAUACCUGCAGGGAACCUCCCACUACAAGAUCACAGCUCUUCAGAACAGCUCAGAAGCCUCUGCCCAAGCAGCAGCGAAGAAGUACUCCUUAGAUGGGGUUGCAACCUACGACAAUCCAGCAUCAAUCGCAAAAGAUCCAAAUGUCGAUAUUGUAGCUGUCAGCGUUAAUGUGCCUCAGCACUACGACCUCAUUCGCCCUGCGCUUGAAGCAGGCAAAGACGUCUUUUGUGAAUGGCCUCUGGCUCGUGACCUAGCUGAGGCCAAAGAACUAACGCAAUUGGCGAAAGAGAAGGGUGUGAAGACCAUGGUUGGAUUGCAGGCUCGCCAGAGCCCGUCCAUCAUAAAAGCAAAGGAGAUUAUCGCUUCUGGAAAACUAGGAAAGAUCCUAGGAACGACCAUGUUCGGUCAUGGUCUCAUCUUCGGUGGUGUCAUCCAGGAAAGCUUCAUCUACGGCCUACCAAUCGAAGCAGGCGCAAACCUUCUCACCAUACCAUUUGGCCAUGCUGUAGAUGCACUAUGCUACGUCCUGAACACUGAGCUCAAAGACGUCUCGGCCACGCUCAAAAACAACUAUCCCGAGAUUAUGCUCAUAGACGAUGCCUACAAGCCCAUCGAGCUCAAGAAGAAGACGGCGCACGACUUUGUCAGCAUGAAUGCCACCCUCAUCAAUGGCGGCGGCAGCGUCGACGUAACUUAUGCGCCGGGUUUAUCUCGCACCGGCCGCGACUUUUGCUGGGAAAUCAUCGGUUCAGAAGGUACUUUAAUACUCGAAGGACCAAAGAUGGGCGGUCACGUGCAAAUGUUCCAACCCACCGUCAAGCUUGCCAUGGGGCAGGCAGAGGAAGCAGAAGAAGUCGAAGUCGAAAAGGCUGCCGACACGGCUUUCAACGUGGGCAAGGCGUGGGAUGCUUGGAGUGGCGUAGGACUUGACAAAGGGUACAGUGUUACGACCUGGGAACAGGCACUUGUAAGACACGGGAUGAUCGAUGCCAUUUAUUGCAGUGCAGAGAAAGGCACACGUGAAAACUAUGUGUAG